GACCGUGCUGCUGUGUUAAUUUUUGGCCACCACAUUUAUCAGGUUAUAGGUUAAACCAGAAAGUCACAGAGGGCGCCGAGGGACUGACCAACUUAACUUUAUUGACGGUCUGCACCAGGCCAGCAGAAUGUGACUUCUGUGACAGGCUGAGGACUGAUGUGCCCUGUGUCACUCCUGGUUAUGAUAACAUGAAAAACACCCGCCCCCAGGGUUCUGCGCAGACCCUCACAGGAAGAACUGUGGAAUGGCUGACAUUUAACAACAUGCACCACCAGUGGCUUCUGUUGGCCGCAUGCUUUUGGGUGAUUUUCAUGUUCAUGGUGGCUAGCAAGUUCAUCACGUUGACCUUUAAAGACCCAGAUGUGUACAGCACCAGACAGGAGUUUCUGUUCCUGACAACCAUGCCAGAAAUGGAGAGGUCGCCAGAGGAGAAGCACUUUCCUGAGGAACUAAAGCCUACGGGGACAAUGCUUGUGGAACGCCAGCUCCUUCAACCCCUGGUCUAUAUGAAGCGCCUGGAACUCAUCAGAAAUGUCUGCAGGGAUGAAGCCCUGAAGAAUCUCUCACACACGGCUGUCUCCAAGUUUGUCCUGGACCGAAUAUUUGUCUGCGACAAGCACAAGAUUCUUUUCUGCCAGACUCCCAAAGUGGGCAACACGCAGUGGAAGAAAGUGCUGAUUGUUCUAAAUGGGGCGUUUCCUUCCAUUGAAGAGAUCCCUGAGAACGUGGUUCACGACCAUGAGAAGAAUGGCCUCCCUCGACUCUCUUCCUUCAGCGGUGCAGAGAUUCAGAAGCGAUUGAAAACCUACUUCAAGUUUUUUAUCGUAAGAGAUCCCUUUGAAAGACUCAUUUCUGCAUUUAAGGAUAAGUUUGUUCACAACCCCCGGUUUGAACCUUGGUACAGGCACGAGAUUGCCCCCAGCAUCAUCAGGAAGUACAGGAGGAACCGGACGGAGACCCGGGGGAUCCAGUUUGAAGAUUUUGUGCGCUACCUGGGUGACCCGAACCACAGGUGGCUUGACCUUCAGUUUGGGGACCACAUCAUUCACUGGGUGACGUACGUAGAGCUCUGCGCACCCUGUGAGAUCAAGUACAGUGUGAUCGGACACCACGAGACCCUGGAGGACGAUGCCCCAUACAUCCUAAAGGAGGCUGGCAUAGACCACCUGGUGUCGUACCCGACCAUCCCUCCGGGCAUCACUGUGUAUAACAGAACCAAGGUGGAGCACUACUUCCUGGGCAUCAGCAAACGGGACAUCCGGCGCUUGUAUGCACGUUUUGAAGGGGACUUUAAGCUCUUUGGGUAUCAGAGACCAGAUUUUUUGCUAAACUAAUGGAUAGGACCUAUGAAUUCAAGAAUCUCUGUUAGGCUAGGGCCUAGCCAGGUGGAGAUCUGAGCACAGAAAUGACAUUUUCCUCCAUCACACCCCUCUGUGAGACUCCCAAAAUCUCUUGUGAGUGCCUGGGUAAGUGACACCAUGCCCUGUUACAACUGGGCUGGGAUGUGAGAUGCGCCAGGGCCCCUCCCCCAGCCCCACCAGUGUCGGGAGGAUGCUCGGCCGGCCUCCC